AUCUUCAGCUGCUUGUGAAGCUGUAUCGGUUCUUGGUAAGGAGGACAGACAGCUCUUUCAAUGCUGUUGUCUUGAAGAGAUUGUUCAUGAGCAAGACGAAUCGGCCUCCUCUGUCGUUGUCCAAGCUCGCGAAGUACAUGGAGAACAAGCCGGACCAUAUCGCCGUCAUUGUGGGGACUGUCACGGACGAUGUCAGACUGUAUGAGGUGCCGAAGCUGACGUUGUGCGCUCUGCGUGUCACUGAAACCGCCCGUGCAAGAAUCCUGAAGGCGCGAGGAGAAAUUCUUACGUUCGAUCAGCUGGCUCUCCGAGCGCCAACCGGGUCUAAGACGGUAUUGCUGCGCGGACCGAAGAACGCAGGUGAGGCGGUCAAGCAUUUUGGCCCUGCUCCCGGUGUGCCCCACAGUCACACGAAACCCUAUGUCAGAGCCAAGGGAAGAAAUUCGAGAAGGCCAGAGGAAGAAGGAACAGCAGAGGGUUCAAGGCCUGAGAAAUGCCUCCAUGCCAAUCUAUUUUUGCUAGGUGUUGAACUCCUAUCGGCCUCGGCUUUGGAUGGGCCUUCUCUGGAAGGGGAUAGUAGCGUGAUGAUUGCUAAUUUCCAUGAAUCCAUGCAAGAACGUAACGACUGAGUGAAUGUCUCUUGGGGUGGACUCAUAAAUUUUGAGAAUUGCCCUUAUGGAUUUUCAGAAUUGCCCUUGUGAA